AUGCCUGCUAUAAUUGUCACCGGAGCCUCUAGAGGAAUUGGUAAGGCUCUAGCUGAGAUUAUUCUUUCCAAGUCCAAUGACACAAAACUGGUGGUCACUGCAAGAUCGCUGGAGCCUCUGAAAGCACUGGUCACCAAAUACGGGGUAGACCGCGUUGCUUUCGUCGAGGGCGAUAUUUCCAGUGAGGAAGUCUCAAAAAAAUUGGUUUCCACUGCUGUGACGAAAUUUGGUGGAAUCUCAGGAAUUGUCUUGAACGCUGGUGUUUUAGAGCCAGUUACUCAACUUGACGAGCUUGAUGUCAAUGCCUGGAAGAAGCUGUUUGACAUCAACUUCUUUUCUGCAGUUCAACUGGUUCACGAUGCUAUUCCAGAGCUGAGAAGGACCUCAGGUCAAGUGAUUUUUGUUUCUUCGGGAGCUUCCACUUCUGGAUACAGUGGAUGGGGUGCUUAUGGCUCUUCAAAGGCUGCGCUGAACCACUUUGCUCUCACUCUUUCUACACACGAACCCAAGAUUUCGAGCAUCUCAAUUGCACCAGGAGUUGUUGACACAGCAAUGCAGAGUGAUAUUAGAACGAGGUUCAACGAGGCAAUGGGAGACGCGGUCAAGAAGUUCGUUUCUCUCAAAGAAACCGGUGCAUUGCUAAAUCCGGAGUAUCCGGCUACCAUUUUUGCAAAUCUGUUACUGCGUGGUAUUCCGGCAGAGCUGAACGGAAAAUAUCUGAGAUACAGCGAUGAACCAUUGAAGUCGUUCACAGAAUAG